CGAGCAUAUUUCUCUUCCUCACAUCAGUCACCAUUUCUCUUGUAGCCGAGAUUCACACAAUUCAUCUUACAAGUCCCAGUUGCAGAGAAAGCAAGUCAAAUAAACUAUGAUAUCAACACUCCAACCUCCACGCUCACUCUCCCACUUCCGCUCUAACCCCACCCUCCUCCUCCGCUACACCUCCCUUAAACCCCUCUCUUCCUUAUCCUCACAGCCCGUCACCCACUCCACCAUCACAGACCAAUCCCAAUCCCCAAACCCACCAUCACACUCCCAAAUCCUCUCCACCCGCCACUCCCUUCUCUCCCGCCACCUCACCGCCACCCAACUCGCCGAGUCCUUUCUCACUCGCCUCCGACUCACUGAGCCCCAUCUGCGCUCCUUUCUCCACGUGUCAGACUCGGUCCUGGCCCAAGCCCGUGAGCUUGACGAUAAGAUUCAGAGGAAUGAGGAGUUGGGUCCCUUGGCUGGGGUACUUGUUGCCAUCAAGGACAAUAUCUGUACGGCUGAAAUGCCCUCCACGGCUGGGUCUCGUGUUCUGGAAGGCUAUACGCCGCCGUAUGAUGCUACUGCCGUCAGGAAGAUUAAGGAGCUAGGUGGGAUUGUGGUGGGUAAGACCAAUUUGGAUGAGUUUGGCAUGGGCAGCACCACUGAAGCCUCUGCCUAUCAGGUGACUGCAAACCCAUGGGACAUUUCUCGGGUGCCUGGAGGGUCAUCGGGAGGCUCGGCUGCAGCUGUGUCUGCCAGGCAGUGUAUGGUGUCACUGGGAAGUGAUACUGGUGGAAGUGUGAGGCAGCCAGCAUCGUUUUGUGGUGUUGUUGGGUUGAAGCCCACGUAUGGGCGUGUCUCAAGAUUUGGACUUAUGGCAUAUGCAUCAUCGCUUGAUGUCAUUGGCUGCUUUGGUACGUCUGUUGCUGAUGCUGGGAUUCUUCUGCAUGCAAUUUCCGGCCAUGAUAGACUUGAUGCCACCAGUAGCAAGCGUGAGGUUCCCGACUUUUCAGCUCAGUUUGUUUCCAUGAAUUUGCUAGAAUCUAAACCUCUAAAAGGAUUGAGGAUUGGUCUGAUCCGUGAAACUCUCGAUGAUGGUGUUGAUACUGGAGUAACUUCGGCAGUCCGUACUGCUGCUUUGCACCUUGAAGAAUUAGGAUGCUGCGUAACAGAGGUCUCAUUACCAUCUUUCUCACUUGGGUUGCCAGCCUAUUACAUUCUUGCUUCAUCCGAGUCAUCUUCGAACUUAUCACGUUAUGAUGGUGUUAGGUAUGGAAACCGAGUUGCUGCUGAUGAGCUGAACUCACAAUACAUGGAUUCCCGAGCCAAGGGUUUUGGUUCUGAGGUCAAAAGGAGAAUUCUAACAGGAACAUAUGCCCUUUCAGCUGGUUAUUAUGAUGCAUAUUAUAAGCGCGCCCAGCAGGUGAGGACUGUAAUUCAGAAAAGCUUCAAGACAGCACUGGAUGAACAUGACAUCCUAAUUUCACCUGCUGCUCCAUCUGCUGCUUAUAAAAUUGGUGAAAAGAAAAAUGAUCCGUUAGCAAUGUAUGCGGGUGACAUAAUGACUGUCAAUGUUAACUUGGCAGGUCUACCUGCCAUGGUUUUGCCAUGUGGAUUUGUUGAAGGGGGGCCUGCAGGCCUUCCUGUUGGUCUUCAAAUGAUUGGUGCAGCAUUUGACGAGGGCAAAUUGCUCAAAGUGGCUCAUAUUUUUGAGCAGACACUGCAGAAUUGCAGAUUUGUUCCUCCAUUGAUAGCAGAUGAGGUUGCAUGAUAGCUAGCUACCAGAAUUGAUGGUUGGCGUGCUCAACUGAAAAUGGCGUUUGACACAUGUAAUCCAUUUUUUUAAAAUUGAUCAGCCUGACUUGUAACAAGUUCGAAAUUUUCCAAUUUUCUCAAAUUGAUCAAUGAACCAUUGAAUUAACUUUAUCAAUCACCAGUUAUUCUGUCACAGCUUUGUGCCAUAGCCCAAACAAUAUUCUGUACGAGCAGGUUUCUUUAUAGAGAACAUCAACAUCACUUGAGAAUGACAUCAGGCAUGUUCUUUGGAAGCUACUAAAUAUCAUCUUUUAUAUUGAAAUGUCCCCAA